AGUAUGGGGGACAAUCAGACAAUGGUGACAGAAUUCAUUCUGCUGGGAUUCUUUCUUGGCCCAAAGAUGAAGGCGUUUCUCUUUGGGCUUUUCUCCCUCCUCUAUACUCUUACCCUUUUGGGGAAUGCAGUGAUUCUGGGCCUCAUCUGUCUGGACUCUCGACUACAUAGUCCCAUGUAUUUCUUCAUCUCACAUUUGGCCAUCGUAGAUAUCUCUUAUGCCUCAAAUACGGUCCCGCCAUUGUUGGGAAAUCACCUGGAUCCCGUCAAGCCAAUCUCUUUUGCAGGAUGUUUGACACAGACCUUUUUCUUUCUAACUUUUGCUCUCACAGAAUGUCUUCUCCUCUUGGUAAUGAGUUAUGAUCGGUAUGUUGCAAUCUGCCACCCUCUCAGAUACUCUGUCAUAAUGAAUUGGAAAAUAUGUACUGCACUGGCUAUCACACCCUGGGCAAGUGCUGCUUUCUUGGCUCUAGUCAAUGUGAUUCUUAUCCUGAGAGUGCCCUUCUGUGGAAACCUGGAAGUAAACCACUUUUUCUGUGAACUGCUGUCUAUACUCAGAUUGACUUGUGCCAACAUCUGGGUCAACCAGAUCAUGGUUUUAAUCACCAGUUUUUUAUUUUUACUGGGUCCCUUCUGUUUGGUUCUGGUCUCCUACAUGCGUAUCAUCUGGGCUAUCCUGAAGAUACAGUCUGGAGAAGGUCGAAAAAAAGCAUUUUCCACUUGCUCCUCCCACCUCUGUGUUGUUGGGCUAUACUUUGGUAGUGGAAUUGUCAUGUACAUGAUUCCCAGUUCUAGUAAUCCUGAGCAGCAGAAGAAAAUCCUUUCCCUAUUUUAUAGCUUCUUCAAUCCUACCCUCAACCCUCUGAUUUACAGCCUGAGAAAUGCAGAAGUGAAAGGAGCCCUGAGGAGAGUGUUGGGUAAAGAGAGACCCAAGUGA